CUGCGUGUUUUUUUAUGGUUUUUUUUGUAGAGACGAGUGUUUUAUAAGAUUUUGGAACAUUUUAAAUUAUUAUAAUAUCUUGUUUGAAUAUAUCUUGAACUUGUAUUUAUCUCACAAGUGCUGCUCCAGUAUUGAUUUUCUUUGUUUUUCGUUUACGAAGGUAGUGAACUGUGUCCAUUCCAAUAAACCCUGUAAAGCACUCAAUGUUGUACGGAAUACAACCAAGUCUCAAAGCUGUUUGUGCCAUCGGAAUUCCUUCUCUGGCAUAUUUUUUACUUCCAGCUGCUUUCAAUCAAACUGUCACCACAAUGUCCACAAAUGCUGCAGGACAGUAUUCAAUGGCCUUUGUCACAAUAGACAAUGAAGAGAAUGCAAAAAAAUUAGCCAAAUCGGUUGUGACGAAUCAGUUGGCUGCCUGUGUUAAUAUUGUUCCAAAGAUCCUUUCCAUAUAUAAAUGGGAAGGUGAAAUACAGGAAGACAGUGAACUUCUUUUGCUCAUGAAAACCAGAACAUCCCUUGUUGAUGAACUAAUUGCACAUGUGAAAGCUAAUCAUCCAUAUAAAGUUUGUAAAGUAAUCACAACCACGAUUGACAAAGGAAAUCCAGACUAUCUCUCAUGGAUCUCUGAUGUUGUACCUGAAAGAAAAUAAAGGCAAGCUCAAGGGCUCAUGAAAGGCAAAAAAUCUAAAGUAUUUUAAAUAGGUACACAACGAAUAUGUUAAAUUCGUUCUUUCCCAACAAAGUGAAUCACCGGCUAUUCUAAAUGUUAUACUUUUUUAUAUUCUUGAGUUCGAAUCAAACAUCCUCUAUCUCCUUUACAAAUGUCACAAUUUAUCAGCUUUCAAGUUUUUGUACAUGUGUGUGCUUCUAAAGUAAGUAAAUGAAGUAGAAUUCUUUAUGGCGACUGCUCUCAAUAGAGUGGAGGCUUGGGAGCAUUGCCUGAGCAAAAAUUCUAAAAAUUAAGUAUGGAAUGCGAGUGCAUUGUGUAUUCUCUAACAAGCUCUGUAAGCAGACUUUGUUCCUCUCUUUCAUUAUGAUAAUUAAAACGAUUCAUUUUGAAUUUUUUUUUUUUUAAAGUAUCAUCUGGUUGUGUAUGAAAUGAUGUAAUUACUCAAUAAAACUUAGUUCUACUC